UCCUGCGUGCUACGUCCGCUGCGUGUUGACGUAUCUCCGUCUCUCACGAUUAUUUCUUCUAAUGAACAAACUUCAGCCUCGUCCCCGUUUAAAAAAGGAUUAAUUUAAUCUCAGAUGUACUCGUUGAAGCGGAGUUAUUUUGUUUGUAUUUUUAGACGGGUGUAAAACGCCUGCGUCCCGCCGUAGCGGACACUAAACUAGCGGAACCUCUUCUUUUUUGCCUGUGUUCACUCAGGAUGAAGUAGUUUCCGGGAGACAGGGUACCAGCAGUAAACAUGGCGGAGGAACUGCUGGAAAUAGCAGACAGACUUCAGUCCCGGCUCCUGGAGAACCCGGAGCCUCGAAAGCUACUAAAGACCCUCAAACGACUGGGGGAACUUCCCAUGACUGUGGAUAUACUGGUGGAAACUGGAGUGGGGAAGACUGUGAACUCUUUCAGGAAACACGAAGUGGCCGGAGAGGUGGCAAAAAGCCUCGUAGCCAAAUGGAAGAAACUGGUCCCUCAGUCUGCAGACAGACCCAACAGCCACGCCAAAGAAGCCUCUCGGUCACACACACACACUCGCGGCCCAGAUGCAGGUGGUGGAGGAGGCCACAGACGCACCCGGGAGCCCUCUCCUGAGGAAGAGCCCCCCUACAUGGAAGAGGAAGAGGAAGAGGAGGAGGAGGAGAGGGGCUACCACACUAACUACUCACCCUCGCCUCCUCAGCACGAGCAGUACAGCCCCCCACACCGAGGAGGAUACCAGUCAGACGAGUACGAGAGCCCCGAGCCUGAGCCUGAGCCUGAGCCCGAGCCCGAGCCUGAGCCUGAGCCUGAGCCUGAGCCUGAGCCUGAGCCUGAGCCUGAGCCUGAGCCUGAGCCUGAGCCUGAGCCUGAGCCUGAGCCUGAGCCUGAGCCUGAGCCUGAGCCUGAGCCUGAGCCUGAGCCUGAGCCUGAGCCUGAGCCUGAGCCUGAGCCUGAGCCUGAGCCUGAGCCUGAGCCUGAGCCUGAGCCUGAGCCUGAGCCUGAGCCUGAGCCUGAGCCUGAGCCUGAGCCUGAGCCUGAGCCUGAGCCUGAGCCUGAGCCUGAGCCUGAGCCUGAGCCUGAGCCUGAGCCUGAGCCUGAGCCUGAGCCUGAGCCUGAGCCUGAGCCUGAGCCUGAGCCUGAGCCUGAGCCUGAGCCUGAGCCUGAGCCUGAGCCUGAGCCUGAGCCUGAGCCUGAGCCUGAGCCUGAGCCUGAGCCUGAGCCUGAGCCUGAGCCUGAGCCUGAGCCUGAGCCUGAGCCUGAGCCUGAGCCUGAGCCUGAGCCUGAGCCUGAGCCUGAGCCUGAGCCUGAGCCUGAGCCUGAGCCUGAGCCUGAGCCUGAGCCUGAGCCUGAGCCUGAGCCUGAGCCUGAGCCUGAGCCUGAGCCUGAGCCUGAGCCUGAGCCUGAGCCUGAGCCUGAGCCUGAGCCUGAGCCUGAGCCUGAGCCUGAGCCUGAGCCUGAGCCUGAGCCUGAGCCUGAGCCUGAGCCUGAGCCUGAGCCUGAGCCUGAGCCUGAGCCUGAGCCUGAGCCUGAGCCUGAGCCUGAGCCUGAGCCUGAGCCUGAGCCUGAGCCUGAGCCUGAGCCUGAGCCUGAGCCUGAGCCUGAGCCUGAGCCUGAGCCUGAGCCUGAGCCUGAGCCUGAGCCUGAGCCUGAGCCUGAGCCUGAGCCUGAGCCUGAGCCUGAGCCUGAGCCUGAGCCUGAGCCUGAGCCUGAGCCUGAGCCUGAGCCUGAGCCUGAGCCUGAGCCUGAGCCUGAGCCUGAGCCUGAGCCUGAGCCUGAGCCUGAGCCUGAGCCUGAGCCUGAGCCUGAGCCUGAGCCUGAGCCUGAGCCUGAGCCUGAGCCUGAGCCUGAGCCUGAGCCUGAGCCUGAGCCUGAGCCUGAGCCUGAGCCUGAGCCUGAGCCUGAGCCUGAGCCUGAGCAUGAGCCUGAGCCUGAGCCUGAGCCUGAGCCUGAGCCUGAGCCUGAGCCUGAGCCUGAGCCUGAGCCUGAGCCUGAGCCUGAGCCUGAGCCUGAGCCUGAGCCUGAGCCUGAGCCUGAGCCUGAGCCUGAGCCUGAGCCUGAGCCUGAGCCUGAGCCUGAGCCUGAGCCUGAGCCUGAGCCUGAGCCUGAGCCUGAGCCUGAGCCUGAGCCUGAGCCUGAGCCUGAGCCUGAGCCUGAGCCUGAGCCUGAGCCUGAGCCUGAGCCUGAGCCUGAGCCUGAGCCUGAGCCUGAGCCUGAGCCUGAGCCUGAGCCUGAGCCUGAGCCUGAGCCUGAGCCUGAGCCUGAGCCUGAGCCUGAGCCUGAGCCUGAGCCUGAGCCUGAGCCUGAGCCUGAGCCUGAGCCUGAGCCUGAGCCUGAGCCUGAGCCUGAGCCUGAGCCUGAGCCUGAGCCUGAGCCUGAGCCUGAGCCUGAGCCUGAGCCUGAGCCUGAGCCUGAGCCUGAGCCUGAGCCUGAGCCUGAGCCUGAGCCUGAGCCUGAGCCUGAGCCUGAGCCUGAGCCUGAGCCUGAGCCUGAGCCUGAGCCUGAGCCUGAGCCUGAGCCUGAGCCUGAGCCUGAGCCUGAGCCUGAGCCUGAGCCUGAGCCUGAGCCUGAGCCUGAGCCUGAGCCUGAGCCUGAGCCUGAGCCUGAGCCUGAGCCUGAGCCUGAGCCUGAGCCUGAGCCUGAGCCUGAGCCUGAGCCUGAGCCUGAGCCUGAGCCUGAGCCUGAGCCUGAGCCUGAGCCUGAGCCUGAGCCUGAGCCUGAGCCUGAGCCUGAGCCUGAGCCUGAGCCUGAGCCUGAGCCUGAGCCUGAGCCUGAGCCUGAGCCUGAGCCUGAGCCUGAGCCUGAGCCUGAGCCUGAGCCUGAGCCUGAGCCUGAGCCUGAGCCUGAGCCUGAGCCUGAGCCUGAGCCUGAGCCUGAGCCUGAGCCAGAGCCUGAGCCUGAGCCUGAGCCUGAGCCUGAGCCUGAGCCUGAGCCUGAGCCUGAGCCUGAGCCUGAGCCUGAGCCUGAGCCUGAGCCUGAGCCUGAGCCUGAGCCUGAGCCUGAGCCUGAGCCUGAGCCUGAGCCUGAGCCUGAGCCUGAGCCUGAGCCUGAGCCUGAGCCUGAGCCUGAGCCUGAGCCUGAGCCUGAGCCUGAGCCUGAGCCUGAGCCUGAGCCUGAGCCUGAGCCUGAGCCUGAGCCUGAGCCUGAGCCUGAGCCUGAGCCUGAGCCUGAGCCUGAGCCUGAGCCUGAGCCUCUUCUGGUCAGGCGACCACGAGCACUGAAGGACUCUCCAUCUAAGGACGAGGAAGAGGACUUCGAGACUCCCACAAUGUCGUUCGAGUCCUUCCUCACAUACGACGCCCCAACGUCUGUCAAGAAGAAGAAGAAGCCAUCGUCUUCAUCGUCGUCACACAGUCGGCCAUCUCACUCGUCCUCCUCCACGUCGUCUUCCCAUCAUACACGCACCCCUCUGCCGCCUGCGACCUCCUCCACCUCCUCCUCCUCCUCCAAAGUGAGCAAGGCGAACGGCACUCAGAGCAGCAAGAGGCCACAUUCAAGCUCCAGUACGUCAGCUGCUGCUCCGGCACCCGAAAAACGCAAGAGGGUGAUUGAGGCCAUUCCAACUCUACCUGAAAUCCCUCUGCCAGCAAUCCAACCCAAUUACAGACCUCUACCCUCCAUCGACGUCACGCCGCUAUCCCCGCAGAGACGUAAAGUUCCUGUCUUCAACGAUGAGGAGGACGCUGGCUUCACGGGGAAGCGGUUCAACUCCAAGAUGGUGGUCUACUCAGGAUCGAAGACCGCUUACCUGCCCAAGAUGAUGACUCUGUACGAGCAGUGCAUCCGCGUGCUGCAGAACAACAUUGAUUCCAUCGCUGAGGUGGGAGGAGUGCCAUUCGACAUCCUGGAACCGGUUCUGGAGCGAUGUACGCCAGAGCAGCUGUACCGCAUCGAGCAGAGCAACCAGUGUUUCACGGAGGAUUCCGAUGAGCUGUGGAUGCGUCACUGUCACCGGGACUUCAAGCGUGAGUCUCCUCAGGAGUACGAGUCCUGGAGGGAAAUGUACCUGAGGCUGCACGACGAGCGCGAGGAGCGACUGAGGAUGCUCACCCAGAACAUCACCUCUGCACACGCCAACAAACCCAAAGGGCGGCAGGUUAAGAUGGCGUAUGUAAACUCUGUCGCCAAGCCGCCACGUGACGUUCGCCGCCGACAGGAGAAGUUCGGGACCACCAGUGGUUUGUCCACAGCUGCCUCAAACACAGCCGCAGCUCCCAUUAAAAUAAGGCCAGCUCCCACAGACUCUUCCGGUGAAUGCAGUCGCUCCUUUUCCUCCGGACAAAACCCUCCUCCCAGCUCGUCCCGCUCCUCGGGUCCGAGCGGAGGAGGAGCAGCAGCAGUAGGGGGAGGAGGAGGAGGAGGACACGCCGCCCGGGACAAGCCACAGGUCAAAAGUAAAAAUCGCCCCCAUGAUGGCCAAAACUAUCAAAGCGUUCAAGAACAGAUUCUCCCGCCGAUAGUGUGA